CUUACCCCAAACAUUGGCCCCGUUGAGAACCCUCCUGUUGUCGUGUUCUCGCUGCUGGCGCCUGCUGUGCUGUGAGAUCAUGGGUUCCUUCGGCUCCGCUUUAUGAGCCACGACUGUUCUCGCUUAAUUGGCUCCAGCAUGAACGACAUCAUGGAGGAGCAGGAGAAGGACGGUCUGCUGGCAGAGUCUCCGGCCGCAACGAAGCCGGGCAGCAGCAGCAGACCCAAACCGGUUCUGGAUGGAGGGAAUAGACCAGUGGAGAAGAGAGGACCCUAUAUUAUGUCCAAAGUUCCUGCAAUACAUACCAAAUUACAGAAACACAGAGAGAUGGCCAGAAGAGUGCUGAAGAAGAAAGGCUUUUCAUCCGGUGGGCCGGUCAUGCAGCAGCCCAGGCAUGGGGCUAAAAAUGUGAAGUUCAAUAAGGGAUAUGCAGCACUUAGCCAGAAUGCAGAAGACACGCUCAUAUCUUUGGACUCAGACAGUGACGUGGAGCUGGAGUCCCAGUGUUCUUCUGGAUAUUCCUCUGCAGAGGUGCACCCGGAAUUAAGCCAGCAGCUGCUGAAGGACGGCUACAGGCUGGACGAAAUCCCCGAUGACGAAGACCUGGACCUCAUUCCUCCAAAAGCCAUGGGCUCCUCGGUGUGCUGCUGCUCAGACAGCCCAUCCUGCUCAAUUCAGUGAGAAUCACGUACAACCUUUAACCCUUCACCCACCACACUGGACCUGCAGAAGCUGCCUUCCAGCAGAUGGAACCGUGCCCGAGGCAUCUGGAGCUCAGGACUUCAGAACAGCUCAAAAUUUUGUCGAGCUCCUGUGAGGUUCCAGAGCUUCAGUAAUGACGGUGCUGCUACGUUUCAUACCGUUCUCCCAACAUAGCAUAGCACUUUUGCCGACUUAAGGCUCUUCAAAACUGCACGGUGCUUCUGAUGUUACUUUAAAGGAGGUUUCCUAAGAGUGCUAGAGAGAUUUAUCGCAAAAUGGUAUGACUUUGAUUUCCCUUCUUUGACAUUUAAGAUGAACUUAAACCUUCUGUGCUAUUGGGAAACCUGCACCACCUUGUCAUCAUACUAACCUUUAGCUCAUGCCUAAGCAGUCAGGAAAUGCAGUUCGGUUUGAUGCAGGUCUUGUCCUGUUCGGGCUAAUUCAUAGUACUAGCCCACCUCAUCUUCAGGAGAAACGAGUAAUGCUGCUCUAACUCAAACCAUCUAAGUAGAUUCAGCAGAACACCAAAUGUCUUGACUGCAUUGACCAAUUUCUUCUUAUUAAUGAGCAGGCUGGGGUAGCUGUGGUCAGUUUAGGAAUUUCUAGGUUACAUUUAUCAUUUUGAGAAUGAUUUUUAUAUGGCACAUAGUCUGUUAUACUGGUCCCAGUCCCAGUGUUACACUUUUAUGAUUCUCUAGUUAGACACUCUGGAAACAGCACAUGUGAUCAAUAACUGUUGAAUCAAUUGAAUCACGUGUUGGAUUAGAGGGAAGCAGCACUGAGACUGAUAACACCAGGUCAGGGGUCAUGAUUUUAGGUCCUGGAAGGGCUUAGUCCAGCACUGUAUGGUAAGUUUUCCUUCUCUGAAACACAUGAUUCAACAGUUACUUACAAGGUUCAGCAGGUGCAUUUUAGCAGAGAAGUCACCAAUCUGCUGCCCUGCCGUGCGUCACAAUGCACAGUACAGUGCAGAAGUCAAAGUCCACUAUUCAUUUAAUUUCCAAAUUUCAAUUUUCAAAAAAAAUAGAGUAGCUAUGACAUUUAUUUCGCUGUUAUCGGAACAACCUUGUAUCUCCAAAAUGGUAACUUUACAGGAGAAGGAAAAGACCGACUGUACUUCUAUUGUAAGUCUAUGGAACCAGACAUCUUUCCAUUUGAUUUUGGGCCAUUUCCUU